AUAAACUUUUGAAAGAACGCAACGGCCACACAGUUUCUCCUCUCAAUUUUUGCUUUCUCUGCUGAUACGGAAGAUUUUACGAUCGAUUGAUUCGAUACUUCAACACCGAACCAAUUGAAUUUUGUUUUGUGUGAUAAAGGAAAUAUGGAAAGGCCCCUCACUUUAAAGCCACUGAGCAUCCAAGAUGAAAAUUCAGCCAUUGUUCGUAAAAAGCCUGCAGUUGAAGGUAAAGCAAAGAGCUUUGGACCAGCUGCAAAGAAGGGUGCGGUAGCACCUGAGAGUCGUAAAGCUCUGAACGACAUAACGAACAAAAAGCCCUUCCAUCCUGCAGCAUCCUCCCAGAAAAAGGGUUCUCAAAGUAAGAAGUUAAACAUUGCAGGUGAAGGCUAUAAGCACCAUGGUGUAUUUGAUGCCGAGGCACUGUCACAGAGAAAGGGUUCAUUAUUUGAGAAACUCAACAUUGCUGAAGAAGGGUUUUUGCAUGAUCACAGUAAGUGUGUUCAAGCACAAAAAUCUGCACGGGAGCUCAACUUCUGGGACAUUGUUCUUCCUGGACAUGAUGCUGCAGAUGUGAUGGUCAAAAAAGAAGAGCAUAAACCUGAGGCUUCUCGGAAAUUGGAUGAAUUGCCAAUGACAGAGUUCUUGGGUUCCAAGUAUAAAUCCCCUCCCGGUUCUCCUCCGGCCUCUUCUUCUCCUUUUGUGCCGUGGGAUCUUGAACCUGUGGAACUAGUCCUCAAAGAAGACAACCUCGUCCUCGAUGCUUAAUGAAUGCAAAGGUACUGACUCUACUGUCUUGUUUAGAUUCAUGUAGUUACACUUUCGACAUGCUAAGAAUGAAUGAAUUAUGCGCUGGUAGCUAGCUAGCUAAUCUUUCCUGCUCCAAGACAGACAUUCAUGGACUGCCUGAUUUUCAAUCAAAUCUCCUACAUCUUCAAUCUUUUGAAUUUC